AUGCCCAACCAAGUAAUCAAUGUGGAAUGGACCACGCCCGAUGAGGUGAAUGGACGAAUUACCAACUACAUUGUGCACUACGGAGAAGUACCAGAAGGUGAAACGGAGCCUAAGGAAUGGCAUGUGGCGACUGUGGAUGGACUGGACGUCAACCACCAACUGCAACAACUGGACCCGAAGAAGAACUACGCUGUUCGGGUACAGGCAGUCAGCGAUCGUGGACCAGGCGUCAUGUCAGCUCCUCAAAUGAUUCGCACACUUCCACUUGGUAGGCUUUUCUUCAGAUCCUUCUCAAAGAGUCUUGGUGGAAAGAAUCAUAUCCCUCAUUUUCUAGCUCCCGCUCAAGUCAAGAAUCCAGAGAUCUCUGUCUAUGAUAACAACUCGGUAACAAUCCAGUUUGUACCUCCAGCAGAUCCUGAAAAUCCUGGAAAACAAAUCAAGGUGAGCAACAUUCCCAACUAUGAUUAAAU